UCUCUUCAAGGUCUCAAGGCACAGCAGCAGCACCACAACACAGACAGAGGCCAGUGUCUCCCUCAGACAAGUGAAGGAGAGAGGAGACAGAGAAGAAAGCGGAAAGUAUAUCUGCAAGGGUUUAUCUUCUUAUCUAUUUGGUCAGAGAAGCCUCUCUGUGGUGGAUUUUAAAAUUAAACCUUCCCUUCAUCUGUUGACUGCAACAAAAAGCAAUCACAACUUGUCAUUUGGUACCACUUGGAGCCACUUGGAUCUGAUGGAAAACUCUACAGCAGAUUCAAUUUGAAGCCCGGGGACCACUGCACACAGGGAGGAUUAAUUCUUCAUAAAGAGGGAUGUGCCGUCUUAUGAUUGAAGAAACCUUUUUUUAAAUUUAGGUGGAAGAUUGUUAUUACAGCACUGACCAGAAAUAGACUUGGAGUUGGACCGGUUUUCUCUGAAGUGGAAGAUUGGAUAAAAUACAUCAGUAUAGAGGACAAAACAUUAUAUCACCUCCUCUGAAAACCUACAUGAAACUUGCACGGUUCAUCGCGGAGCUUCAGUAGGUUGUGGGCGUUUUGUACAGGAACUAUUUUCAACAUAAUUAAACAUUUUUCUGAUACAGCUGGAACACACAAGCUAGUCAUAGCCAUGGCAGAGAGGAGACGCAUGGGCUACAGUGUGCAAAGGGACAUCCUGGAUGAAGGAGCAGUGGAUGAGAUCGCAGAAAAGUCUGACUCAAAAACACCUCUGUCUGAGAAGGUCAAAAAGUCAAUGAGAUGUUCCGGUGCCAGGUUAAAGAGCUGCCUGCUGGAUAGUGUUCCUGUUGUAUCGUGGCUGCCUCGUUACUCCAUCAGAGAAAACGCCCUGGGUGACCUGAUCUCUGGGAUCAGUGUGGGGAUCAUGCAGUUGCCGCAGGGUAUGGCCUAUGCCCUGUUAGCAUCUGUUCCCCCAGUCUUUGGCCUUUACUCCUCCUUCUACCCAGUCCUCAUCUACUUCAUCUUUGGCACAUCCAAGCACAUCUCAAUCGGAACAUAUGCGGUGAUGAGUGUGAUGAUAGGAGGGGUGAUAGAGCGAUUAGCCCCAGACUCCAACUUUAUGAUAUGGGACAAUGCGACCAACUCCAGUAUAGUUGAUGUCAUCAGCCGGGAUGCAGAGAGGGUCAGAGUGGCUGCAGCUGUCACCUUCAUGUCCGGAUUGUUUCAGAUUCUGCUUGGCCUAGUCAAGUUUGGUUUUGUUGUGACCUACCUGUCUGAGCCGCUGGUCCGAGGUUACACCACAGGAGCUGCCAUCCAUGUCAUUGUUUCCCAGCUCAAAUACACCUUUGGCAUCAGCCCUGUGAGAUACAGUGGACCCUUCGCAUUGAUAUAUACUGUGUUGGAGAUAUGCUAUCUCAUCCCACAGACAAACAUUGGUACUCUUGUGGUCAGCAUCGUCGCUAUAAUCGGCCUCAUCCUCACAAAAGAACUUAACGCAUACUUGAGUAAAAAACUACCUGUUCCUAUACCUGUGGAGCUGCUUGGUAUUGUUAUUGCUACAGUGGUCUCCUGGCAAGUUAACUUGGAGGAUAAAUAUGGGGUGGACGUGGUGGGACUGAUUCCCUCAGGUCUCCAGCCGCCUGUUCUCCCAACUGCCUCUCUGUUUGGUCAGGUGAUCGGGGAUGCCUUUGCUCUCUCUGUGGUUGGCUACGGCAUCGCCAUCUCACUGGGACGAAUCUUUGCCCUAAAAUAUGGAUACAAGGUGGACAGCAACCAGGAGCUAAUCGCCCUGGGUCUGAGUAACUCCAUCGGAGGAAUUUUCCAGUGUUUCGCCAUCAGCUGCUCUAUGUCUCGCACCAUGGUUCAGGAGAGCACAGGGGGGAGGACUCAGGUCGCUGGGGCUCUCUCAGCAAUAGUUAUCCUUUUCAUCACGCUCUGGAUUGGAACUCUCUUUGAAGAAUUGCCGAAGGCAGUGCUGGCCGCCAUCAUUUUUGUCAAUCUCCAUGGCAUGAUGAAGCAGUUCAUGGACAUCCCUGCAUUGUGGAGGAGCAACAGAGUAGACAUGGUGGUCUGGGUGGCCACCUUCAUCUUCACCGUGCUAUUCAACCCUGACCUGGGACUAGCUGCUGCCAUUGGUUUCUCCAUGCUCACUGUCAUCUUCAGGACACAGCUACCUAAAUACUCCAUAUUAGGACAGGUCCCAGAUACUGAUAUUUACAGGCCUCUGGAGGACUACAAUCAGGUGAAGCAAGUGCCAGGGAUUUUGAUCUUCCGUUCCUCUGCCACCCUCUACUUCGCCAAUGCUGAGAUGUACCAAGAAGCCCUUGGAGAGAAGUCUGGCAUUGACAUUACCAAGAUCCUGGCAGCAAAGAAAAAACUAGAGGCCAAAAGACAAAGACUCGAGAAGAAAAAUGCCAAGAAAGCUGCCAAGAAGAAUGCAGUGCACAUGGAGGGGGAGCCAGAGAGGGAGGAGCAGAAGAACAUUGCCAUCAUUGAGAUGGAUGCUGAGCCCGACCCCUCACUCCCCAGAGCCAUCGUCCUCGACCUCAGCCCUGUCAACUUCCUGGAUACUGUGGGGGUCAAGGCGCUACGCAGUAUCCAGAGAGACUACGGGGAAAUUGGUAUAGAUGUGGUUCUCGCUGGCUGCCAAACUGGUGUUGUGGACAACCUGCAGACUGGAGGUUUUUUUAAUGACAAAGUGACAAAGUCCUGUCUCUUCUCCACUGUCCAUGACGCCGUGUUGCACUGUCAGUCUGCCAGAACACACAGCAAAGAAAAGGAGAUCAUAGCGACACAUUUGUGAGUCCUGAGAGGAACGAUGGAGAAUGUUGUGAAGAGGUGCCAGACACUCCGUCUUUAUGAGGAUAUCCGGGACUCCCGUCUGUCACACACUCUCAAACCUGCAGAAACGCGCACUGUAACAAACACAAUAUAUAAAGAUAGAAACAAUGCAAAUAAAUGAGAAUGUGCAGUUACAGUAUAUUAAUAUGGAUUUUUAACAUUAAGUAAUUAGAGUUUCUUUGAUUAGUAAAUACCUGCAUGCAUGGUUUAUUUAUAAAAAUCUGCCAAUAUUUAUGUGCUUAUGUGAAAAAUAAAUAUGAUAUUACUUAGUCAGAAGUUUCUCAUUGAAUGGAAACGUUCAUUUCCUUUCCAAACACAAGCAGUGUUUUGCUUUAGUGAUGCAAUAACAGGAAAUCUGUAAAUACUUACAGUAUAAAGUCGUACUGAUGAAACUGAUGCCUCAGAAAUGGAUGCAGGGUGUUCUCCUUUCCUGUCUUACUGGGACCAGCUGCUUCAUUCACACUCAGACUCCAGUCUGCACUUUGUUUAUCUGCAGACGUGUUCAGUGAAUUUGUUUAUACUUUAAAAGGAGGUUGUUCUCUGAGACAUUUUCAUGUUCUUUUUCCAGAUGUUGCAGAUGUUCAUUACAGCAGCUCAAACAAGAGAAUGUAGCAGCCACAGUGGAAAUCAAGCCCAUAACUACAGCAGAUGUUCCCGUACUGUAGCAUACAAUUCACCUGUCUUAAUCCUGUGUCACUUAUGUAACUGCAUAUUUACAGAUGGAGUCCAUGUUAUGAUCAUGACCUUUUGUCCUCAGUGUAACAUCACAUGGACAUGGGAACAUAAUUCUGAUUCAUUUCAGUUAGUCAUGCUUGUUUUUUGUUUGCGUUUUAGAGAAAAUAAAAUGUCUGUAAGCAGUUAGA